AUGGGCAACGCCGUGCCGCGCAGCAUGCGCCACGAGGCCACGCCCAAAGCCAGGGCGGCCGUGGCCUCGCGCUCCGGGGCGAGGGCGGCCGUACCAUCGGGACGCGCGGGCACGACGGCGCGCAGGCAUGGCGGGAAGGUGGCGCGGGCCGCCGAGGGUCGACGCGCGGUCAAGGAGAAGCAUGGGGGAGGCAGCGGCGGCAACGGGUCCGCCGUCGUGAUGACGGUGAAGGUGGUGGUGACGAGGAAGGAAGCGGAGAAGCUGAUCGCGCGGCUGGAGGAGCAGAGCGCGAGGGAGCGCAAGGCUAGGAUCGCCGAGCUCACGGGCCAGCUCAGGUCGGGGGACGGCGGCGGCGGGAGGAGCCCGGCAACGUGCGGGGCGGCGCGGAAGCCGAGGCUCGCCGUGAUACAGGAGAGCUAG